AUGGGUUUAUUAAAGAGGGUUAGUACAUGGUCUUAUGAUGUUCUUUUGGAUUAUAUUUCAGUGAAUCCAACAAGAGAUGAAGUUACACAUUUUAAGGUAGACCCACAUGAUGAGAGCGAUGAAUCUAUACUUAAACUAAGAACUGUUAAAGAUUUUGGUAGUAUUACAUGUCUGGAUUUCUCAGAAUCAGAGAUUGGUAUGGUUGGUGUUGGUGAGAAAAGUGGACAUGCGAGAUUGCUAAACAUCAUUAAGAGCAAUGAUAAUGAAUACAACAAUUUUGACGUCACAGUUAGGGCAAAACAGAUGAGAUGUAUUAAUACACUAGUGAUAAAUACUAACGGUCUGGUAGCAAUCGGUUUAGAUAGGAACAGGAAUGAUGCAUCAUUGCAAAUCUGGGAUGCCAACUAUCAGAGUACUAGUUCUGAUAUUAUUAACCCUACAUUUUCCUAUUGUAUUAAUGAAAGCAUUGUUUCCUUAAGGUUCCUCCAGGAUACAAGUAUUUUAGCUGCAAGUACAAAAUUCCUUAAAGAGAUUGAUAUUAGAUCUUCGAAUCCAGUUUACCAACUUCCUACACGACUAUCAUACGAUAUAAAGCUGAAUCCAUUUAAUAGUUGGCAAUUCAGUACAUACGGUGAUGAUGGUACAUUAGCAAUUUGGGAUAGAAGAAAAUUGACUUCCCAUGAUACAUUAAAUGAUCCAAGCAUAGCACAACCGCUUAUUUCAUUUGACAAAUUGGUUGGAACAGGUGCAGCUUCAAAAAAGUAUAUGAAUUCUUGUUUUCGUUGGUCAACGGUAAGAAACUGGGAGUUUGCUACCUUACAUCAAGGUGAUACAAUAAAACGUUGGAGAUUAGGCUCAUGUUUGGAAAAUGAUGAUAAAAAUGAGGAAUAUGAGGAACUUUUUGUAUCAACAGUACACGAUAUUAAUACAACUUUUGAUCGUGUUGUCACAUUUGAUUAUAUUCCAAAAGAAAACAAUAUGGUUAGUUUCUUCUGUAUGAGACAAUCAGGAACUGUAUACCGUAUGCCAAUACUUCAGAGCUACUCAACAACGGUAUUUGAUAGUUAUAACUCAUUGAUGCUUUCUAACUGCGAAGUUCCAAUUUUAGAUGAGAUGAGAAUAUCUAAAAAUGAAGAAAAAUCGAACUCCCAACGUGUCGAAAGAACUUUACAAAAUUUAUCUUUUGAAGAUUUAGACGUUGCAGAUAAUGGACCAAACUUGGAAAACAUCCAGGUAGAGUAUACCAAUGAAACUGAUGAAGAAGGAAUUUCCGAUGAGGAGGAUAGUCAUGAUGAUGGACACUCUACCGAAAAAUCAUUUGAUUAUAAGAUUUUAUGGAAACCAAAAAAGCUACUUCAACAAGAUAUUAGUGUUAUUAUGCGAACCAGGGCUAAACUUGGAUAUGGACUGGAUCCUAUGACAACAGUUGAAAGGAUUGAUGAUUCUAGUGGAUUAGAAAACUAUUCGUAUAUAAGGAAUACUUGGAGAUGGAUAGCAAUCGCAAAGGCGGCAGUCGAAGAAGGUUCAAUGGCUUCAAAGAACUUAGACUUAGGUUAUGAAGGUAUUUUAGGUAUAUGGAAUGGUUUAAGUGGUAUUUCUACGCAACGUAGGUAUAGUCAAGAUGUCAUAUUGACAGACAAACAAUUAAAUAAGGAAAUGGAUAAGAUUAUUAAAAGUCGCAAUAAAAAUAAAAGUAAUAUAGGACAAAAGAAUCCAUUAAAUAAAUUUUCUGAUUCCCCUAAAAAUAUUCAAAGAAAAUUAUGUCUUAUUAUGUCUGGUUGGGAUCUUGUUCCUGGUGACUAUGAAGAGAAGUAUGAUAAAAUUAUUAAAAGUAAUAAUUAUGAAAAAGCUGCUGCUUGGGCUGUAUUCUUUGGUGAUAUUCCAAAGGCAGUUGAAAUAUUGAGUUCUGCCAAGAAGGAAAGAUUACAAUUAAUUGCUACUGCUAUUUCAGGUUAUAUGGCAUAUAAGGACCAACCUGGUAACAAUUCUUGGAGACAACAAUGUAGGAAAAUGUCCUCAGAAUUUGAGGAUCCUUAUUUAAGAGUAAUUUUUGCAUUUAUUGCAGAUAAUGAUUGGUGGGACAUUUUGUAUGAACCUGCAAUUUCUUUAAGGGAAAGGUUAGGUGUUGCAUUGAGAUUUUUAAAUGAUGCAGAUUUGACUACCUUUUUAGAGAGAACAUCAUCAUCUGUCAUUGCUAAUGGUGAACUUGAAGGUUUGAUACUUACCGGUAUUACUCCAAGCGGUAUUGAUUUGUUGCAAUCAUAUGUAAACAAGACGAGUGACGUUCAAAGUGCCGCUUUGAUAUCCAUCUUUGGGUCACCAAGAUACUUCAAAGAUAAACGAGUUGACUGCUGGGUUCAAUCUUAUAGGUAUAUGUUAAAUUCGUGGGAAUUAUUUUCGAUGAGAGCCAAAUUCGAUGUAUUAAGAUCUAAACUGUCUAAAACAAGAACAGGGGUUAUCACUGCAGAAAUUAAACCAAGACAAUUGUAUAUUCAAUGUGUCAAUUGUAAAGCCAAUAUCAACAAACCAAAUAGCUCUGGCCGAAAUGCUGUGAUUGCAGGAUCUAACCAAGAUCUUGUAUCGUCUAAUACAGCUAUCGGUAGUGAUGCUCUAGCGUUUAGAGGCAAAAACCUGCAUGCCAAAAAAGUAUUUGGCACAACACCAUCAUCUCCAUUAGAAAAGCAUAAACAAAAACAUUCAUGUCCUCAUUGUGGUGCGCCAUUCCCAAGAUGCGCAAUCUGUCUGUUACCAUUAGGUACAUCUAAUUUACCAUUUACAAUAAGUGGUAUUGAUGAUACACAAAAUACUAAUGAACCAAAGAAUGAAGGACUAAAUGAUAUAUCUGAGACUGAAGAAGAAUUAAAAUAUAUGAAAAGAUUAAGAUUGAAUGAAUGGUUUAGUUUUUGUUUGAGUUGUAACCAUGGUAUGCAUGCAGGUCACGCAGAUGAAUGGUUCGCAAGGCAUAACGUCUGUCCCGUACCAGGAUGCAACUGCCAAUGUCAUAUAAAUAAAUAA